UUAUGAAGGUGUUUUUUCACGAAAGACACCACAACAUCUCAGUAAAAGAAUUUCACGAAGUGUGCCCCGCCCUUCUGCACCACCUGUUGUUUGCGACAUCGCAGUUUGGAUCGUCUAGGCCACGCCCAUCCGCUUCAAAGCCCACCCCCAUCAUUGUGACCCCGUCUCAUGCCAAUCUUACAGCACUGAAACACGCACCCACGAACGCACAAGUGUAUGGGUACGGCUCUCUGUCAGUGCUGCUGAUCAGUCUGUGUUCAGUUGUGGGGGCGCUCUUCAUCAAGAUCAGCAAGGGCGUCAGUCGCCAUUACAUCAUGGCCGGGAUGCUUGCCCUGGGAAUGGGCAACCUCUGUGGGGACGCUGUGCUGCACCUUCUGCCGGAGAUUAUCACAGCUGAGAAGAUCGGCACGGAUAACGAGGAAGAUAAAGUGAUGUUGCUAGGCAACGCUGACAUCCCACGACACUGUAUCCGGAUGUUGGCCAUGUUAGCCAGUAUAUACGGGUUCUUUGUGCUAGAGCUCGCCAUGAGUCUCUAUCAUGACCACAGUCACGAGUCAGAGAUUGAAGUGACAGUGGACUCCUCCAAGUCGAAGUCCAACGUGUCUAGGAUCACUUUAGUGAAGUUCAACAACACUGCGUCUUCAGGAUCACUGUCUACUAUUUACGAAGACGGACUUGAAACGCCGUCUACCAGCUCUUCACAACCUGGUGUGAUGGACAUAGAGCACGAGGUGGACAAUCCCAUGAAAACAGUGAAGAAAACCAGCAGUUUGUCUGUUAAAGUUCCCAGAUCGGUGGCCUGGAUGAUAAUAGUCGGCGACUCGGUGCACAAUUUUGCCGAUGGGUUGGCGAUCGGCGCGGCGUUUUCCCUCAGCGUCACUACGGGCGUAUCGACGUCAAUCGCCGUUAUAUGUCACGAGCUGCCGCACGAGUUAGGUGAUUUCGCAGUCCUGAUAUCCACGGGCAUGUCAGUGAAGAGGGCACUGUGGCUCAACUUCGUGUCCAGUCUGACCGCCUUCGUGGGCCUGUACAUCGGGAUAUCGGCGGGGGCCCAGGACACUGCCAGACACUGGAUCUUCUCCGUGGGCGCCGGCAUGUUCAUAUAUGUCGCUCUAGCGGAUCUCAUACCAGAACUUCUACGAUACUUUAAGCGUUUUCAAAACUGGGCCAUGUUUUUGGUACAAAACGUCGGCAUUCUUGCUGGGUACGCCAUUAUGCUGAUCAUAGCUAUCUACGAGGAUGAGAUCAACAUUUGACGAUAAGAGACUGACCCAGCGUUAUUCCUACAGAUCCAGAAUCGCUAUCUACGAGAACGCAAUCAACCUUUGAUGAUAAAAAAAAACGGACUUAUUUAUUGGUUGAUGUCAGAGUCCAG